CCAGCCCAGACAGUCAGCUGGCAGUUGAGUUCGCUUCCUCAGAAGCUUGAAGGGCUUUUUUUCCGAAAACGAAAGGGGUUCGGCGAGGGGAAGAAGCGAACACAACAGUGCGAGAAAUGUCUAGUUUUGGGAGCAUGUUUAACUCGUACUCGAUCGCGCAGCUUAACGAGUUGCUUGAAGAUGAUGAAAAACUAAAUCGGUUUGUUCAGGACAUGGAAGAGAUCCAGCAAGUACAGCAGAAGAAAGAGAUGCUCCUGACCAGUAACCGCAGCCUGGCAGAGCAGAACCUGGUUCUCCAGCCCACCCUGGAGGAACAGAAGAACAAGCUCACCAAGCGCUACUGCCUUCUCCAGGAAGGCUUCGAAGCCUACCAGCUCCGCAAGUCCACUUUGGACCACAAGUCUGGGAACAGUUCUCUGGACAUGUUGCUGGCCCUGCUGCAGGCAGAAGGGGCCAAAAUAGAAGAGGAGACAGAGAACAUGGCAGAGUCCUUCCUAGACGGCGACAUCAUGAUGGAAGCCUUUGUAGACGACUACCAUAGCAAGAGGAAGCUAGCCCACCUGAGGAGGGUGAAGAUAGACAAGCUGCGGGAGAUGGUGCUGAACGGCCACAGUCUGCCCCCGGCUCAGUCCCCUGCCCCUCGCCCCCAGGAAGUCUCCGCCAGGCCCUCUCCCCUGCACACAGAGGCCAUCAGCAGCUCCCCGGCCCCCCAGCCCAGGAGGGCCCCCCCUCCCCCUCCCGUCCAGCUGUCCCCAGCCUCAGGCCCGGCCCUGCAGUCUCCGGCCUUCUCAUACCCCUCCACCCCUUACCCUCCAGUUCCCCCCAGGUCGGGCCAGCCUUUUCCCAGUGUCAACUCCGGGUACCCCCAACAAUAUAUGUCCCAGUACCCCCCCGCCCUCCCCCAGAGGCCUCCCCCUCGCAUGGCCCCCCAGCCUGGUUUCAUCAUGCAGUAACGGAGGUGCCGGGCGCUGUGAAGGUGCAGGUCUUGCGGUGGACUUUCGCUGCGGCUUUCCCCUGGUUGGUUGACCUCCCGGGACAGCUAUGGGGAACGCGACUAAUCACAAUCAAGAUGGUGGAGGGACAUGGUCUGGGCUGUUCGCCCUCCGCCGAACAACAGAAUCAACAAACAACUCCGUGGAUUUCCACUCCUCUCAUCUGAAACUACACUCUGUAAUCACUCUGGCAACUAAAGGUGUUGCCAGACCGGUCUGAUUCUGUUGAGGCAAAACCCCAUGCCCUUUCAAACGCUGUUGGGAGGCUGUAGUGAGGAAAAUGUCAAUCUAGGGUUUACCGGCUUGGAUCAACUCAUAAACUCUGAGCCAAAUAUCAACAGUCAACAGUCACUUAAGUGACUUCCUGUACCUGUGUGCCAUGGCAGACGGGAACAGUGCCAUCUUGCAGGGCUUCUUUACACACUGCGGCAGUUUGCUCCCUCUAGUGGCCAUCUAUUGAAUAAACAUGUAAUUUGCUUGUCAGCACACACUCCUCUUGUUUGGCCCUUACAGUCUUUUAAAGAAAUUGAGGUAUUCUGUGAGACGCUUUCUUUCACUCAGGGACACACUGGGGCUGUACAGAUCUAUUGUACUGCAUCUCAAAAAGGUAGCGUGGAAACAAGAUUAUUGCGAAACGUUCUGCAAUAGCUAGGUUUACAUUUGGAAAAGAUAACACCCUUUGCUCACUGGUGGAGGUGUACAGAGGCCCUUAAUGUCACCUGGGCUGUUGAAUGGAGGACUAGAGCCACAAAUAGUGAAGCUAUUUUUAAUCUUGCAUUACCCAGGCUUCCUUAUGAAAGACUGGUCAAAUGUAUGCAAACUGUGACCAUACUGUGCCAUUAUCCAAACAAUAAUCUCCCACAUCGUUAGAAUCAGAAUCUUGAUCCACUGUGUCAUUGUGUGAUUUAUCUUUCACAGGGUACUUUUGAACUCAUAAGAUUUUCAAUGAGUAAUGAAUAAAUACUCACAAUUUACGUAAUUCUAAUGCUUUUUGGGAGGAGUUCAAAUGUUGCCAGGAUUGAUUGACAGUCAUUUGAAAGUUUGUACAGAGUUUUUCUUUCCCAGCUGUUUGCUGUUUUAGGGCAGGCUGAGUAUGUGGUCGGCCUGUCUGUCCUGGAGAGAAAGGUGGUACUGGCCCAUGUCUCCCAGGACGUAGAGAAGAAAAGAGUCUCUGUCAGAAUCAUCACUGAAUCUUUUAACACCAGGUCUUUAGGACUUUUUAAUGAAGGUGUAGAGCCAUGUAAAGUUGUUUUGAUCAUUUCUCCUUGUAACACUCAUAUUCUUCAUUAAAUGGGUCCUCCAUGUGCACUUACUUUGAAACUAUAUAAGUACGGAUAAACUCAUGUACUAAUUCGCUGUCUUUAGCGUGCUUUUGGGAUUGAAAAUCACGUUGACUUUGAAUUUUUCUGAUUUAAAGCCUGUCUGGUUUCUUAAGUGUUUGAUUUACUAAGGGCCAAAGAUUUAAGAGGGGAUCAUUCAUAAAGGUAUCAUAUCGAAUCCAUUUCUGUGUCAAUCACAGAUUGACACAGAUCUGUGUGUGUUUCUUAUGUCUUCAGCCAAUAGUAGCUAAUCAGGAAGCGAAGCUUCAUGCCUCCUUGAAUGAAGCUCUUCUGGUAAAGUUUCUUUUCUGUCAACAAUUGUAAUUUUUUUCAUUAAUUACAUAACGAAACAUGCAGCACUUGUAUUCAUCACUCCUCAACUGUUUGUUUCCUGAAUGCUGUACUGUUCAAGAACCACAGAGUGCCUACGCUCGACUAGAUACUGAAGCUAAUCUCACACUGCAGCCCAGACAGAGGAUUGGCAUCGUGUUGAUGGUCAGUGGCCCCCCUGUCUCUGGAUCCAGACUAGUCCUGCCCAUGGAGGGCUUCCUCCUCCUGCAUGACAAACCCCUCAUCUUAUUGUGCUGAAACUGGGAUUACAUGCCUGAAGCUAUGUUGUGUCAAACUGACUGGCUGGCUGUCAGGCUUCCACUCUCAGUGCUGUUGUUGUUGAGCUGGAGUCCUGAGAAGUCUGUGGAACUUGAGACCAGGAGACAUGUUUUUGUUUGCAAUGUUUGUGUUGGUCUCUCUAUCUACUGGUAGUUGUGAGUUGCAGAAGUUCUGCGCAUGUACGUCUGGUAAAUGAAUAUCUUAAACCUAACAGAGCUCUGCCUUUGACUCAUAUCAGACUAAUAUGUACUAAUAUUGGGAAGGACACAGUGAGUGUUCGGUUGUGAGACUGGAUAUGGAAAAAGCCAUGCUCCUAUUUUCCAAUUGAGGAAGGAAUUGUUUAUACCAGCUAACUAACAUUUAAUGAGCGCGUGUUUUUGCAUGUUUGUAUUGGAAAGGUGCAUAUUUAACGUGUCAUAGUCUUUCCAUUCUUUCUCUUCAUAUAUUUUUCUUAUAUAAUUAUGCUGUAUGGACUGUUUCUAUUGAUCUUAUGUUUUAUAUGUCGAGAUUGUGUGUUUUAGGUUGGGCUGUUAAAUACUUUAGAGGUUGAAUUUAUGACAUGUUCCAGGAUAGUUAAUAAAUACAUCUUUUUUUAUAA